CCAUUUGCUGUAGCACUCUACUUUUCAGUUUCCAUUUUCGAGUUUCAAUUCCUUUCAGAGGAGAAGAGACUCCAAAACAAGGAAACACGGAAGGCUCUCAACUUAUUAGGGUUUCUGCGAUUGUGAAUUUGUGAUCGCCUUUCUUUGCUCGUGUGCGAGAAGAAGAUCGACUCGAUCCAUCGUUGUUAAGCGGAGAUUACUUUGGUUUUCGAUCGACACAGGUUUGUCGUGAUGACUAUUGCUGUCGAGUCUGCCGCAAGGGAUGGAAAUAAGCUCAGUGUGUUUAAUCGCUUGGGGGCUACAGCUGCUAAACCCCUGAAAGUCUGUCGCUAUUGGAGGUCUGGGAGAUGCAACAGGAAUCCCUGCCCCUUCCUUCACAGAGAAUUGCCACCACCGCCCAGUAUCAAUGGAAUGGCUUCUAAUCGGCCACGGAAAUCUGCCCCUUCCAACACCUGGGUCCGGAAUCAAGGUGCUGGAGCGGCUAAUGUUACUCACAAAACGGAGGACAAAAAUAAUGGUUCCGGAUUGAUUAGUGUGUCUCGCAAAAUGCAAGACAAAGUCUGCCCUAAGGUUCCACUCAAAACGCAAAACAACAAUCAUGGUACCGGAUUGGAUAGUGUGCCUCAUAAAAUGCAAGACAAAGAUUGCCAUAAUGUUCCUUGCAAAACGCAAAACACAAAUCAUGGUGCCGGAUUGGAUAGUGUUCCUGGCAAAAAGCAAGACAAAGUUUGCCGUUAUUGGCUAGCUGGAAACUGUAGUAAUGGAGACAAGUGCAAAUAUCUACAUUCUUGGUUUCUUAGCGAUAGCUUUACAUUAUUGAAGAAGCUUGAAGGACACCAAAAGGGUAUUAACGGUGUUGCUCUUCCAUCCGGUUCUGAUAAGCUUUACUCUGGGAGCGAAGAUCAAUCUGUACGGUUUUGGGACUGUCACACUGGGCAGUGUGCUGCUGUGGUCAUUUUGGGUGGUGAAAUUGGAUGCAUGAUAAGUGAAGGGCCGUGGCUUUUUGUUGGCAUUCCCAACUCUGUUAAGGUGUGGAACAUCCAAACUGCCUCUGAAUUUAGUCUCAGUGGACCUGUUGGACAAGUGCAUUCCCUUGCUGAGGGAAAUGGGAUACUUUUUGCUGGAACCGAGGAUGGUAAAAUAUUGGCAUGGAAAAUUGAUGCUGCAAGCAACUGCUUUCAACCGAUUGCAUUACUUGAGGGUCACAGUCAUGCAGUUGUUUCGUUAGUUGUUGGAGCUGGUAGGCUGCACUCUGGAGCUGGUAGGCUGUACUCUGCCUCAAUGGACCAUACGAUAAGGGUGUGGGACCUAGAAACUUUACAAUGUACCCAUACUCUGAGAGGCCAUACUUCAGCUGUGAUGUCUGUUCUUUGUUGGGACGAUUAUCUAUUAUCAUGUUCCCUUGACAAAACAAUAAAGGCGUGGGCUGCUACAGAAAGUGGUGACAUUGAAGUAGUUCAUACACACAAUGAAGAAAAUGGUGUGCUCACCCUUUGUGGAAUGCAUGAUGGACAAGAGAAACCUGUCCUGAUGUGUUCGUGUGACGAUAAUACUGUGCACAUUUAUGACCUCCCUUCAUUCAAUGAGAGGGGGAUAAUAUUCUCGAAAGAGGAAGUUCGGGUAAUACAAAUAGCUCCAGAGGGGCUUGGGCUUUUCUUUACUGGUGAUGGAACUGGCGAACUCAGAGUGUGGAAAUGGGUUGACUUGCCACUGAACCAACAAACGGAGUAACCACACUGUUGGAAUCAAUGGUAGCACGGUAUUGAUUGGGAUGCAACAGAGAGACCUUGGUUUUCUGUUGAAUUUUUUUCUCCUUUUAUUUGGUUAUUUCCCUGCUGAUAGCCAUGCCUAAGGUGGAGAAAUGAUUCAAGUUUUUGUUUUGUAACUCCUUUCAGGAAUGCCUGGAUGUUAAUUCUGUAAUCUAUCAACAGUAGCAUUAUUUUUUAGAGUCUACUGUAAUUUUUUUGGACAAUCAUUUUUGUCAUGCAUAAUGCCUUCCCAAUUGGAAGAAUGGUUGUGCCUCUGAGAUUAACCUAAUCUCAAAUGUAAAUUCAUUCAAGCAAAGCUCUUUACUGUUUUUUCUUUACUUCAUUGUUUCUCAUUUUUGUUACCUAUUGUAUAUUUUUGUGGUCAGUGUACAGUUUGUGAGAACUUCAGUAAAUAAAGUGAAUCAGAUUGUUGACUUU